ACUGAUCUCUGCCGGUAAUCAGUGUGAUUUCAUGCAUCUACAGUGUUUGUCGGUGUUUUUACUGAGUUAUUUUCUUGCAGUUAUUUAUCCCAGUGAAUUGUUUUGGGGCUGCAUGGCCGCUUUGUUUUAUUUACAUGAUAUACAGUAGCCUACUGGAUCUUAUUUCUGCAACCCCCGAGUUUUAUAAAGCGGAGCAUUGAGUUGGAUUGUGUAUUUGUCAUCGUGCCACAUGGCCAUGUAGGAGUUCGGCAUAAUUCGGAAGAAUAUGUUUAAAAAUAUCGUUUUCAUCUUUCUGUUUAUCUUACAUGGUGUGUUUGGUGUUGAUGGAGAUGAAGUGAAGUCAGUGUCAGUGAUGGAGGGAGAUUCUGUUACUCUACACACUGAUAUUACUCAAAUACAAAACCGUGAUCAGAUAUUGUGGAGCUUCGGACCUCAUGAGACUCGUAUAGCUGAAAUCUAUAAGGGCCCUAUUGAUAUGUUUGACAGUAAUGAGAUAUUUGGAGACAGACUGAAACUGAACAGUCAGAAUGGAUUUCUCACCAUUUCAAAUAUUAAAAUCUCAGACUCUGGACUUUAUAAACUACUGAUCAAUAGCAACAGAGGACCUAUAAAUAAGAUAUUUAAUGUUACUGUCUAUGCUCCUCUACCUGUUCCUGUAAUAACCCAUAUCAGUAACUACUCAAACUGUUCAUCAUCAUCAGAAAGAUCAUCAGUGUCAAAAUGUAUGUUGUUGUGUUCAGUGUUGAAUGUGAGAGAUGUGAAUCUGUCCUGGUACAAAGGAAACAGUUUAUUGUCCAGCAUCAGUGUGUCUGAUCUCAACAUCAGACUCUCUCUACCUCUGGAGGUUGAAUAUCAGGAUACAAACACAUACAGAUGUGUGGUGAACAAUCCCAUCAAAAAUCAAACUCAACAUCUCAACAUCACUAAACUCUGUGAAUCAUGUUCAGCAAAGAUAACAUCUUUCAAUCUCACUGCCCUGAUACUUAGUCUGCUACUGCUGCUACUGGUGAUAAUUGGUGUUAGUGGACUGGUGUACUGGAAGUGCAAGAACGGCAAACAAGCAGAACAGCAAGUUGAAACUAUUGAAGAAGAGAUACAUUAUGCUACCACAACAUUCUGUGCACGUCGUGCACAUAGUACGGAAGCUGAUGGACCAGUUGAGACGAUUUACUCAAGUGUUCUGAUGAGCUAAAGAUCCAACUUCCCAUUAUUUGUGUUAUUGUUGAUAGUUUAGUAUGUACAUUCCCAUUUAUACAUUUGGGACAUUUUUUUAAUCAAGGCGAGGUAUUCAUUUUAUCAGUAUGCAUGUUACCAGUAUUUCCUUUGCACUGCUUGUCCUCAGGGCAACAUUAUGUUGACCCUGGGACAACAUUUCAAUAAACCAAUCAGAUUUCAGAAAUAAGUUUACAGUUUGAUUUAAGUUUAAAGGGGACAUAUUAUGAGAUUUUUUUAAAGAUGAAAACUAAGUCUAAAAUAGGUCUGAGCAAAAGUGUGCCGUUUUGGGUGUGUCAUUUAAAAUGCAAAUGAGCGGAUGAAGUGCAACCACUGAUCACAAUGAUGGUGGUUUGUUGCAAUUGAAACUCAAUUGUGCUGUGAAAUAUUUUAUCUCUCUCUUUCUCUCCAUACUAAAUGGUUGUGCUGUGGUUGGAUAGUGCAGAUAAAGGGGGCGGUAUUACCUUAUUCUGACAUCACAAUAAGGGCCAAAUUACAAUGACCUAUUUUUCACAUGCUUGCAGAAAAUGGUUUACCAAAACUAAGUUAUUGGGUUGAUCUUUUUAAUAUUUUCUAGGUUGAUAGAAGCACUGGGGACACAAUUAUAGCACUUAAACAUGGAAAAAGUCCGAUUUUCAUAAUAUGUCCCCUUUAAGUUUACAACCAGGAUUAGCUGUUUCUAGACCAUUGUUUUUCACUUAUCAUGUCCCUCUGAUUUUAGGGUUUGGUUGGGGUUGGGGGUAGGUUUAGGUUUUAUUUAGAAAAAUGUUGUCCUUGGGUCAACACAAUACAUCAACCACUUGGCAAAAUCAGUUUGAACGCUGACCCACAUGUUUGGUCUUGCAGCAAAACUAUUUAAGAACCACUGUUGUCAGGCAUGUUCUGGAAUAUAAAAACAUUACUUUUUAUAUAGUAAUUACACAUUUUCCAGACAGGGCGUAUUCUAGUCUCAAACUAAAAUACCUGUUUGAGCUGCUUUAAUUUAAAAACAUUUUUGCACUGACUGUAGCUAUAGUUUCAUGAUGCACACCAUUGUUGUAUGUAUGUUUGUAAAAAACAACCAAACUGCCUUAAUAUAAAGCCUAGUCCUGGAUUAAUCUAAACCCUGUCCUUAAAAAAUGCCCUAUUGAGUUAUAGAUCUCAGAUUCAUCCACUGUCCUGCCCUGGAAUGAGUAAGAGAGGAUUCAAUUGGUGUUUACCAAAUCAAGAUUUUGUCUGAACAUGUUAUUCCUGAAGCAAUUGUUGUGUAGCUGCCUAAAAAGCAAGUGUUUUUUAAGUAUGCAUUACAAAUCUGUAUCAUGUUUUUUCUAAGGAUCUAUGAUAUAGCAUGCCAUAAAUAAAUAAACUGUUACUUUUUUCA